GUUUGGUUGAACCGCUUAUUUGGCAAACCGACGGUUCCCACUUAUUUGCUACUAAGCAGUUUUUUGAGAUAAAAACCGAUAACUUAAAAAGUUCCCGGUUCAACCGAUCGAACCUGAUGAGGUCUGGUUUUCAAAACCAUGUUUCCACCGAUCCGAUUGAAAUUGUUUAUGGAUGUGGAUUGACUGGAUUCGUGGUGUAAGAAAUAUAGGAGCAAAUGGGAGAAACGACAACAUGUGGGCAUGAACAAGACACGACGACACACAAACUAAUCCAAUCUUUUCAUCUUCUGAUCGUUAUGUUAUCCAUGGAGGACGUCCCAUUGCUUCUCCUCCUAUCCUAAACCUUUUUCCCUCUCUCUGCCACCGGAAAAUGCAAUUCUCCGCCGCAAUAGGAUCGCCAUAUUCCUCCGUCUCUCGCAUAGCUUUUCUCUCUCACUUACUCGCCACCGAUGUUUCUGCUUUGAAAACACCACCGCUUAAUUGGAACUAUUCCCCCACCAAUUUCUUCAUUUGUCGAAGCUCUUUAACCCCCAAAAAACCCUCACCUUCGAUUUCAGCCCCCAAGGUUUCCACCUCCGACGACACCUCCAAAACUCAGCUUCUGGAUCUUAUUGACGAAGACGACGACGUCGUUCGCCAAGCUCGGAGAUCUGCUGAUUGGAAAGCAGCAAGAGCUCAUUAUGACAACGGAAUUGUAUAUCAAGGCAGAAUUGAGGGAUCCAAUGGAGGUGGUUUGCUAAUUCGAUUUUAUUCUCUUGUUGGAUUUCUUCCAUAUCCACAAUUGAGCCCAUCGCACUAUUGUAAAGAGCCAGAAAAGUCCAUCCAAGAGAUUGCAAAAACACUAACGGGUACUCUUAUUUCCGUUAAGGUGAUCCAUGCGGAAGAGGAGAAAAGAAAACUUAUAUUCUCCGAAAAAGAAGCUACGUGGUCGAAGUAUUCAAAUAGUGUAAAAGUUGGAAAUGUUUAUGAAGCAAGAGUUGGAUCGGUUGAAGACUAUGGUGCCUUUGCUCACUUGCGAUUUCCAGAUGGUUGUUAUCAUCUUACUGGACUUGUACAUGUUUCGGAGGUGUCGUGGGAUUUGGUUCAAGAUGUGAGAGAUAUCUUGAAUGAGGGAGAUUUAGUGAAGGUCAAAGUCAUUGGUGUCGAUAGGAAUAAAUCAAGAAUUACAUUGUCAAUAAAGCAACUUGAGGAAGAUCCGCUGCUAGAAACUUUGGAGAAAGUCAUCCCUCAGGAUAAUUCAGGUGGUUCUACUUCGGACGACUAUGUCAUCGACCCACUUCCAGGUCUCGAAACAAUUGUCGAAGAACUAAAGCUAGAAGAAGGCAUAAUCGACAUAAAAAUAACUCGUCAAGGAUUCGAGAAACGAGUUGUAUCACAGGAUCUCCAACUUUGGCUAUCAAAUGCACCCCCUAAUGGAAAUCAGUUCACACUCCUUGCUCGAGCAGGAAGACAAGUACAGGAAAUACAACUCGUAACUUCACUCGAUCAAGAUGGGAUCAAAUUUGCAUUACAGAGAGUUUUGGAGCGAGUUCCAUGAUUUCUUCAAAUUUCGUAAUAUACAUAAAGAGUUUAUUACAGAGAUCCAGAUCCUACUUAUUGUACAGAAAUCACAUUAAACCUGCAACUAUCGUCGUUUUUUUUACUGAUGUAUGGUGUUCGUGUUCUUCCUACAUUCAUAGCAUCAGAUUCUUUAUUCUAGAAACGAAGAACAUAACAAAACAUAAAAAUGGAGUUUCUUCAAACGAAAACCCUAGGAAUAGGUUCCAGAGUAGGGUGGCCGGAAGGCUUGCAUUCGAUCUCUCGUACAACAGUUUUGAGUCCGACUCCACCGGCGUUUGCUUUUGGGUGAAUUCCUAGGGAUAAACCUUCCAUAUACGCUCUGUUUUCCCUUUCCUUUUGGAACGAAACACCAUAGCGAGACUCCACUUCUUUAGCAAGAUUAGGGUAAAGCUGGCCAUCACGAGUUAGAGCCAUCAUCACCUGCGGUAGACCUAACGGCAGCUGAUCGCCUCUAUCCACCUGCCAAAAGUGAAUCGUCUUCCCGUAAGUUUUCGCCACCUUCUCCAGAUCUUGCCGCUCAACAGGACCAGGGACGCCGGGAAGGAAAAGGACGCCGCUCUUCACCUCAUACUCGUGGCUGUGCCACAUCGGUUUUUCUGAAUCCGGCAAGGUUAAGAACAGUUUUUCUGUUACGAUGUAUUCAACUCCGAUUAACCGGGCGUCGGCUUCUGGACGAUCGUAGAUCAAGCACUGUCUCAUUUCCUCGUUUUGAUGGCCGCAGUAGUGGUGCGCUUCCACUUGUCGCGUCAUAUCGUCGGCGUAAAAGUGAAAUGCGCAGAGGUGUUGGUGGAUUUGUUUGGUUGGGCCGAACGAUUGGAUGGUGGAGGCGGCGGUGUCUACUAGGGAGGUGCCGACGUGGGUCUUUUCUCCGGGAAUUUCAGUGUGGGGUGCUACGUUAAUUGGAUGCAUUUUCGAUGUGAUUGCUUUUAUGAAAAGAUCAGCGAUGGCGAUCUCCGGUGAGAUUGAUGGAGGGGGAGGGGUUCUUAUUCUUAAAGCUCGG